AUACGGCGGCUUCGGCUGCCGCAACGGCGUAGUUUUCGAGAAAAUGGCGCUCGCCGCGGGUGUUGUCGCAGCGUUGGCGAUUCUCGACGAAGAGGAAGAGGUGUUGGAGGUGCGGAAUGCUUUUGAAGAGUUGAGCGAGUGUGAAUUCCGGCGUCGUUUUCGUUUCUCGAAACGAACGGUACGUUGGUUGUGCGGCGAACUGGACCCCAUCAUCGGGUGCCGACGAGCCAGUGGAAUUUCAACGAAGCGGAAGGUGUUGUGUGCGCUGAGAUUUUUCGCGACCGGCUGCUUCCAGCGAACUGUCGGCAGUGAGGAGUUCAUCGGCCUGUCGCAGCCGUCCGUCAGCGACACGGUCCACGAGGUGGCACACGCCAUCGCUGUCGUUGGCGGACAAAAACGGUGGGUGGCGUUUCCCGAAACAUCACAAGCGAAGGAGCGAACAAAGGCGUCGUUCGCUCGGCUCGGGAGGAUUCCCGGUGUGCUGGGGUGCGUCGACGGCACGCUCAUCGCCAUCCAGAAGCCCCACGGCCUGAGCCCCGGCGACACGGCGAAUUACAUGUCGCGGAAGGGCUUCUACGCCUUGAACACCAUGAUCACCUGUGAUGCCGACCUCUGGAUUCUGGAUAUCAAUCCAUGUUUCCCGGGGUCGUGCCAUGACUCGUGGGUGUGGCGGAGGAGCUCUCUUCGGCGGCACGUGGGAGCUGAACUGCGGCUUGGCGAAUGCUUGCUUGAUAGAACGCAAACAGUCAAGUUUCGAGAGCUUAUGCAAGCACCAGCGAUAACGUUGGAAGGAGACUCCGGCUAUCCUUUGGAACCGUGGCUCAUGACGCCAGUGCUCGGACGUCCAGCUAGUGGCACCCCUGAGAGCGAGUACAACAAGGCCCACACCACCAUGCGCAAUGUUGUGGAGAGGUGCAUCGGGGUCCUAAAGAGCAGGUUCCGCUGCUUGCAGCGUUACCGGACUCUGCUCUACAACCCCGACAAAGCAGCCACCAUCAUUGCUGCUUGCGCAGCUCUUCACAACAUUGCAAUGGCGGCACGUGAGCCUGCUCCUGAAGGGGACGAUGACGACACAGACGACGAUGACGACUCUGAGGUGCCACCAGCAGCUGAUGAGCCAUCGCCGCCACAAGAACAAGGUCCAGCACCACGGCUGUUGCAUCUCAAGGGCCAGCAGCAGCGCAGCCGCGUGGUCAACCUGUUCCGUGGACCGCGGACCCCACAUGCUGCGCACCUGCGUAGGGUACGCAGCAGCCUGCAACGACCUCGGUGGCUGCCGUUGGAGCGCUGCAGUGAGGGCCCGGACGAGGGCACCGAUGCCCUGCAGCUCGCCCGCGACGUCAUCAAGACUCCGAGCCUGACGUUCAGCGGCCGCUCGAUGACGCCUGGCCUCGUCAGCGAGCUGCUGCAGUGCCUCGCCCUGCCGCCUGGUGUUCUCAGCGAGCUGCUCCAGCGCCGCGGCCUGCCGAUCGCCAACAUCGCGCAGCUGUGCCAGGAGCUGGAAACCAAGAAAUGUGUUGCCAUUAUCAUCCAUGCAUUUCUCACUAUGGACUCUUCGCUGGAAGCUUCUGUUUGUGAAGAGUCUCAGUGUGCACAACAAUUUCCUCUUUGUUGA